AUGGCUUGGGUUGGUGCAGAACUGGAGACCAACCCAGCCCUCUUUGACGAGCAUCUGUCGUCGGAUGACAUUGCCGACAUAGAAGCAGCGGUGAAACACUUCCAAGGGCUGGGGUUGGCACGAGGAUUCGCAAAUCCAGAGACGUUCCCACUGUCCGAGGAACUGGCGUCGAGACUUCGAGCGAUCACUAGUCGCGUCUACGAUGGACGUGGGUUUCAUCGAAUUCGGGGGCUUGACACAAGCCGCUACACGGAGGAAGAGAGAGUCAUAGCGUAUGCUGGCAUCACUAGCUAUGUGGCCGAUGAACGGGCCAGAAACAUCGAUCACAUUCGAGACAGGUCCUUUGCCAAUCCUAUGGGAGAUAAACUGAAGCCAUUGGAGCUUGCAGUGUCAAUGACCUUCCACACAGACAUCGACGUCGGCGAUAUUCUAUCCAUGUUUAUUCAGAGCACUCCCCUCUCUGGCGGUGAGCAGUACAUCGCUUCAAUCUCAUCGGUGUACAACUACAUUGCCCAAAGGGAACCCGAGGUCUUGAAGGCACUGGCAGACGACUGGUACUGGGAGAGAUCCUUUAGGCCCGAGGUAAACAAAGAGAUCACUAGAGUGUUCAAUCGUCCCCUGCUUGCGUUUGAAGAUGAUCAUCUCCAAAUCAAUUUUGCGGCCACCUUUGUUGGUGGAAACCCUGCAUACGAUCUCUCGGAUGAUGCGCCGCCUUUGACUCCUGAAAAGCGUCGAGCUCUGGUAGUCAUCCAGGAAGCUGCCAAGGCAACAUGCCUGCGACUGACGCCUGAGCCUGGAGACAUGAUUUUCAUCAACAACUACGCCAUGCUGCAUGCACGAGCGACAUGGACUGAUUCAAUGGAUGACGUCUGGAAGCAGAGGUACGUGAUGCGUCUCUGGCUUCGUGAUAGCCAGAAAGGCUGGAAGUCUGCGGUUGGUCUGAAGAGGAAGUUGGACGAGAACUUUGACUUGGGUCCAGAUGCUCAGGGGCUUUUUACGGGAAAUGAAUGGAAUGCACUCCCAAGGGCUAUGAGAGUGAAGGAAAUGGGCGUCACAGCCGAUGACUGCCAUGACUAA